CUCUGCCAAAGGCGCGCUUGUCCGUGCAGUAGAGCCGCUUGGAUGCAGUGACAGUAGAAGCAGCAGUAGAUUGAGCAUGAGAGCCAGGGAGUGAGAGCGGAGCCCGGGCAACAGGGUAUUGCACCUCCUGCAGGUUCUGUUGGGACAAAUCUAACUGCUAAAGUCACUAAGUAUUCUCUGCUUGGAUUGUUGAGGAACCAAAAAUGAAGCAUUUCAUGCGAAUGGUGGUUAAGGUGUGGAUAUACUUCUACUGCAUUUGCCUGUGGCGUUGCCUGAAAUUCAUCUUGAGGAAGCUGACGGGUCGCUGCGAGCUCCAGAGAAUCUGUUACAAAAAUAAGCCCGGCGCUGGCCGAACAAGAAAGAUAGAAUCUUCCCUGAAGUCUUCAAAGAGAAAGCUUCUGCAGAAUGCCCCGUCCGUCCAUCCUGAUGCCAUUGAGAAUACUAUAGAAGACAUUCUGACUUUGAAAAAAGUUCAUCUUGACACAAACCCACAGUUGGCCGUGUCUCUUCAAGCCUGCCUCUUGCAGAUCGUGGGCUACAGGAACCUUACACUGGAAGUUGAAAAGCUGCGUCGGGAGGCUUUUGAUUCCGAGAACCCGCAACAUGAAGAAAUGCUUUUAAAGCUUUGGAAGACGCUGAAGCCUGGCAUUCCCCUAGAAGCUCGCGUUUCUAAGCAAUGGUGCGAAAUUGGUUUCCAAGGCGAUGACCCAAAAACAGAUUUCAGAGGAAUGGGCCUACUUGGACUGUACAAUUUGGUAUACUUUGCAGAGAAGGAUCCAACCUCAGCUCUUCAAAUCCUCUCUGACUCACUUCAACCAAAAUCCAGGGAUGCCAAUAAGGAAGAAUUCAGCAAGAUCAGCAACACAGAAUGGGAGAUGAAAAAGUUUGACAAAGCUAUAGGUUACUCAUUUGCCAUUGUUGGAAUCAAUAUCACUGACCUUGCCUACAACCUGCUGAUAAGUGGGGCUCUGAAAACUCAUCUCUACAAUGUGGCACCGGAAGCCCCCGCAUUGCACCAUUUCCAGCAGACCUUCUGUUUUCUGAUGCACGAGUUUCAUAAAUUCUGGAUUGAAGAAGACCCUUUGGACAUCAUGGAGUUCAACCGCGUCCGCAACAAGUUUCACAAGCGCAUCUUGAAGCAGCUCCAGAACACAGAUAUGGCAUUGUGUCCUCACUUUGCUGCCUCGGAAAGCCUAAUCAACCUGUAAAGAUCUACAUUGUUCGAUUCGGAAAUCACUGCCUCACUAUUGUGUUUAGACCACAGCUUCGAUCAUGGCUCAUGCUGUAUGACCACAGCGAUUGUAUGCAUGUUUUUGGCUACAAGUAUUCAUCCCUUUAUUUUCUUGUACAACAAAUCCCUGGAUAUCCUUGGGAUAUCUAUCAUUCUGUGGGUAGACAUAUUUGCCACUUACACAGUGUUAUACUUUCAUCUGACAUGAAAGUUUUCUAUUUUUUUAGAUUUUUCUCACAGUUGACGAGUUAAAAAGUUGUAUUUGUCUCGUUUAGAUUGACGUUCCGAGCAGCCAGCGCUUGUAUUGUAGACAUUUUAUGAUCUUCAACGUAUUCUUGUGACCUUACUAAGGUCUCCGGAGUUUAAUGUAUUUUUGGAUAUUUCUCUUAUAUUCCAUUGGUAAACGAUGUCUCAGAUAUAAAAGUUUUCUGAAAGAAUAUUAUAUAGUAAUAGGCAGUGUUUCUCGCUGUAUAAUGUACCAAAUGCAUGAAGCAGCAUCUUAUCCAAGUAUGAUAUUAUUAUUGGGUUGAUCAUAAUGAGAUGUCCCUUCGUAUUUGGCAAAAUGUUAAAAAGCUAGUCCGUUUUUUAUAAAAUGUUGCUAUUUUGUAACUUAACCUCUUUUACUAAAGUGGCUAUUGAGUGUUA